AGUAGGUAAUGUUAGUGAAGUGUACUGUAUGGAGACCCUAUCGCAACUUCCUAUCUCCUCGUCUCCGGCCCCGAGCCUCUUAUACAUCGCAUCAUCGGUACUUCUCAAUUCUCAAUUCUCAAUUAUUAACCUUUCAAUUCCCAAUUUCCACCACAUCCCCAAUUUAGCCGUUUUAGAUUUCCUAACAUUAGUCUUUUGUUAUAUCCUUCAGCAGCGUCAUCUAUAUGGCUUCUAAAGAAAAGGAAGCGCACGUUGAGGAUAAGGAUGCUAUUGAUGUGCUGGAGGCGGAAGCCAAGGAAUUCGACAAGGAUGCCGAGAUUGAUCGCAUCUUGAAGGCAUUCCGCCUGGAUGCCUACGCCGUUCUGGGCCUAAAUCCUGGUGUCCCUGAAUCCGAUAUCAAGAUGACCUACCGCAAGAAGUCCCUACUCAUCCAUCCAGACAAGACCAAAAAUCCACUGGCCCCCGAAGCCUUCGACCGCCUCAAAAAGGCCCAGACGGAGCUCAUGGACGAGAAGCACCGAGAGCGACUAGAUGAAGCCAUCGCCGACGCGCGCAUGCUGCUUAUCCGGGAGAACAAGUGGACGGUCGAUAGCCCCGAGCUCAAGACAGACGAUUUCGCCAAGAAGUGGCGCGAGAAGACCCGCGAGGUACUCGUCGACAACGAAAUGCGUCGCAAGCGCCAGGUUAAGGCCCAGAUGCAAGAGGAAGGCCGCGAGCAGCGUAAAGUCGAGCAGGACCUCGAAGAACGCAAGCGCAAGCGCCAGCACGAGCAGGACUGGGAGAGCACACGCGACCAACGCAUCGACAGUUGGCGUCAAUUUCAAAAGGGAAAGUCCGGUGGCAGCGACGGGAAGAAGAAGAAGAAGCUCAAGCCAAUUGGCUGAACCAAGAAAUGGAGGAGAAGGAAACAGCACGAAGUCUAGAUUGGCUACCUAGGCUUGGCUUGGCGGCUUAGAGGAAACACAGAACGAGCAAAGGCUUUUCUUUUACUACGUGGAACUAC